AUGGCUGAGGAAGUUGAUUUCGAUUCCAAAGAAGAUUAUGAGCUGUACAAAAGGCUCAUGAGUGAGCGCAGCCGCAUCCAGCGAAAGGAAGAGAGAGUGAAACAUACUAAGGCACCAAAAGCUCGACCGCUCCAAAUGCAAAGACUAGAGGAUCGGGAACGAGGCUUUCAACUUCAUUUUGCUGGGGCCAAUGAAGAGCGACUGAAGCAGGCCAAGAGACGGCAACAACAAUCUCCACUGGCGCAGGUGCAGACUUCUGAAGAGCCACAAAGGAAGGAGUGGCAAAUGAAGACGGUUGAGCUACAUGGAAAGGAUGGAGAGAUCUAUCGUUCUUCACCCCAUGCUGGGAGCGCGCAGGAAGUUGAUGAAGAGAUCGACCAGGAGGAUGAUAGAUCCGAAGAGGAAAGCCGUCCAAAUAGUGCCAGCAACCAUGGUCUUGAUCAGGAUACGCGGGGAGUGCUGCACCUUAUGAACGCAGCCAAUCAGCAGCAGCUGUCUUGGCUCCGCCAAUCUUUGACGAGCCACUUUGAACACAGGGUCCAAAGUGCAGGGUCGGGUCUUCCACCUCAGCCCCGGUCAAGGCCUGCAUCAGGGUCCAUUACAUCGAUUGCAGAUGCCAUUCAGGCGGAGAAUGCCAGAGUCAGAGGACAGAAGCUAUGUGAUUCAUCAGAUCCAGAGGCUGGUGCUACUUCUGAUAGGUAUGGUGGUGAUUUCACUUCAGGCGGAUCAAGGCCAUCAUCAAGGUCUUCGAGAAGCAGACUUCCACUAGGACCUGAGGAAGCAGCGCAAUCUGCACCUCCGUCAGUUCUCGCUAAGGCGAGCUCACAGCCGAUUGUUUGUGUUGGCUCUUCUAUGACAAGCUCUGGUGGCUAUCCAGGCACAAGGCCAACAGAGCUUGUCAUUGCACCACAAGCUCCAGAGAUGCCUGAACCAUCACGGCAAAGUGAUUGCGUGACAUUUCAAUCUUUGGAUUCGAGCAGUUUUCCUUCAGAGAUUUUUGAUCGAGUAAGCCGGCUUGAUGCGAAGAAGCAAAAGGCCCUUAUGAAAGUCUUGGAAUCUCUGGAGGCUGAAGAUCCUACGUGUCCUGCAGCUGCAUCUGGGCUGUCCAAUCCGCUCUCUGAGGCAGAGCUCCGCAUAAGAGUCGUCUCAAACUGGGGCGAUAUGAGGCAAUGUGGGUUCUCACUGAUUGAAGCUUUGGACUCCGCUGCUGAGGUUGUGAAGAUUCCUCCUGCUGCACUCUCUCUUCAUGGUGCACAACAGGGAUCCACAACUCUAGCUCGUGUUGUCGAGAGAGCUUCUCGAAGCAUGUGGCUGGCAACCGUGUGCCAAAGAGCACAUUCUGCAGGACCUGUUUGUGGUUUCGAGCCCUUUGAUCUCAAGCUCAACCUGCCACGAAGUUCACGAGUGGCUGCCUUGCGGUUGUGGAACUUCAACAGCUUGGACGGGCUGACAAAAGGAGUGCGGGAGAUCGAGGUUUGGCAACGCAACUUGAUGGUUUGGACUGGAGAAGUGCCAAAGGGCACAGGCAGUAUGAUGACACCGCUUCUGAUCCCAAUACAGCCAAGCUUUCCAGAAGAGUUGGCCAUGGCAAAGUUCCAGGAUCAGACAGCGUCCUCUUCCGCAGACCAUGCAAAGGAUAUUCCCAUGUGGCUGCCUUCGCAAUCGGAAGCUUUGGAAGGAUCGUCCACAUUGGAAAGGUCCGAGUGGUCAGCAAGUCAUUCUCGACUGGAAGAUGGUCAAGAAGAACUGCUGCAGUCGCUACAAGCCCUGGAGCUUUUUCGCUCGUCGCAAAGCCGAAGGUUCUUCCCUGGUAGACGACGAAGCGAAUCAGAGGAUUCGAAGCAAGCGCUGGAGCCUGCUCCUCCAGCUCCCUCUCCAGCCCCAAUGGGUUUUGCAGAUACUUGUGAGCAGCUGGUGGCAGAGGCAGCAGCGAUGGGGCUUGAUCUUCCUGUUCGAACCUUCGAUGGAACCGACGUGCUGGAUAGCUUGAUGUCAUCGGAGCCACGUGUUAUGGGUUCAUCCCUUGUUGCCAGCCAACUCAGCCAACUUCAAAGCGCGGUAAUUCCCACUCUUCCUUGUGGAAGGCAAUUGGUUUUCAACUGCGUGUCCACUUGGGGUGACAAGGACUUUGUAGGUCUUGCAGGAAUCGAAUUGUUUGAUGGACGUGGCUUUCCAGUCGUUUUGAAAGAUGUUGGUCGCCAGGUCAAAGCAGAUCCUCAUUCCAUCAACGUCCUUGGCGACUACGACCGUGAUCCCCGUACUCCAGACAAGCUCUUCGAUCAGGUCAAUUUGACUCGAGAUGACCUUCAUGUCUGGUUGGCUCCUUUCUUUGGUGGCCGAGCUCACACGAUCACAGUCGAUUUGGAAUGCGAGAUGGAGAUCAGCAUGAUUAGAGUCUGGAACUACAACAAGUCUCGCUUGCAUUCAAGCAGAGGUGUGAGGGACAUGGAGAUCCUGCUGGACGGUUUCCCGAUUUUUCUGGGUGAGAUUCGACGAGCGCCCGGCGUGCUAACGGAGCCCGAAGAGGCCUGCGAAGUGAUUCUGUUCACACAGGAUGAGUCUGUGCUUGAGGCUGUUGCAGAGCAUGACUGGCUUCCGGCUUGUCUUCCGCUGGACUCCGAAGAGGAGGAACCUGGUGAGGAGGCUGACGGCAAAGCUGGGGAGGGAAGGCCGCCAACAGCAGGCUUGCAGGUAAGCUACGUUGACUCGCCCAGGGGGCAGAAGACUCCUCGGGCUGGUCUGGAUGGAAGACCUAUGACUCGAGCAACAGAGCGACAAAGACCUCGAGGGAAGGUGUGUAGCAGUCUGACGAUUACUGUCCACUCGACGUGGGGAGAUCAGUUCUAUGUUGGUCUAACAGCACUUGAGGUUCUGGACAGCUCGCUGAAUGCAAUUCAACGUCAUCAGGUGAGACUUGAUGCAUUUCCAAGAGACUUGAAUGACCUGGAGGGAGUUGAUGAUGAUCUUCGAAUCCUGGACAACAUCUUUGACGGGGUUUGUUGUACCACUGAUGACUCUCACAUGUGGCUCGCUCCCUUUCUCAAGGUGCCCAACAACUCCGUCGGCGAUGCUUCUGAAGCGAAUCAGCGAAAUACAAUCCGCCUUGACUUCGCCAACCCAUGCGAGGUGGCUGGAUUCAACAUUUGGAACUACAACAAAAAUAUGGAGGACACUUGCAGAGGCAUUCGAGAAUUUUCAGUGCAUUGUGAUGACAGGCCUUUCAAGCUUGCAGUCUGGUGGUGGUCAACUGGUUACCCAUGUAGCUGUUUUCCUCCAUUCGCACGGAUCUUGAGGUACGUUUCAACAUUUCUUUGUCGGAAGGCUCCAGGUCACACCCAUUUCGACUUCAAGCAGCUGGUUCUCCUUGAUCAGCCUCCUUCGGACACUGUGAGACGUUCUGCACGGGCCGCUCCUUUGCCUUCCCGGUCUGCAAGUAGGCAGCGAAGUAAAGCGGAAGGCCAUCCUCCACAGGGCCGGCCACCUUCUGGAUCAAAUAGAAGAGCUCCUGAACACAUUGAUUCUCCUCUUCGGCAACAGUAUGAGACUCCCUUGCAUCCUUGUGGCUUUAUUUUCAAAUUCCUUUUUCACACCACGUGGUCCGAUGUGCACUACAUCGGACUUGACGGAAUCGAGAUCUAUGAUCAAAUGGGUCGAGGAUUGAGGCCGAAGCGGGCAUACUCAAAUCAUGGGAGUGUCAGGGACUUGUGCGGAAUGGAAGCCGAUGUCCGCUCAGAGGACUCACUUCUCAAGGGGGCACCGCAGAACUCUCGCAUGUGGCUGGCCCCAUACUACCGCCUACCUGCAAACUUUGUGGAGCUUGUUUUCGAUGAGCCGACACAGAUCUCUGCCAUCAAGUUCUGGAACUACUCCAGGACACCUGGUAGAGGAGUGCGAGACCUUGAAAUCUAUGUGGAUGACUUGCUCGUUUAUCAAGGAAUCUUGCGCCAGGCAUCUGGUCAAGAUGGAGGUGAAGCUGUUCUCUUCACCGACAACCCUUUGAUCCGAGAGAGGGAGCGCUCCCUCGUUUACAAGCCGAGUCCAGAAGAAUUGAUUGCGUUCUUUGACGAGAGUGGGCAGUUGGAUCAGCACUCUGGCAGCUGCACAGACGCCUCACCAUCUGAGCGCCCGAUGACGGCAUUGACUGCGACUGCAUGACCGCGCAACGCAAAGCAUUUGUUAUAAAAGCCAGCCACUAGCCUAGGCUGAAGUUGCUUUCUGCGAACGAAGUGAG